AUGCAUCCCCAACGGGGUGACUACAUCCUCGCUGGAUGCCUAGGAGUUUCCUUCGAUGAAUCCAACAUUACAAGAGACGCAUGGGAUGCCAUAGGUCCAAAGACAUGGAAAUCCUUUUGCCGAAAACACCCCUUGGACCGCUGUUCUGACAGUCCAACUCAACAUGAAGACGACUCCGUAUCAGCCGACGUUCAAGAGCAUCUUAUUCGGCUUCAAAGAUUUCAUUUAGCCUUUAUUCUUUUCAAAGAACGCUGGGCAGACCUCGAAUUUUGUGUGAAUGAAGAUGGAUCACACGGUAUUCUACGAGUGUAUUUGCUACCUGACGACGCUUACCGAGGUGUGAUCGACAGAACCAAUAUAGGCCUUAGAAAGGCUCGGCACCGUCUUCUUCAUUUGCUAGAUUAUUCGAAAAGCGCUUGGAAGGCAAAAUCUGCCGCAUUUGCCGAUAUUUUGAAUCCUCUGAGAGACGAACGCGCAUCUGGGGAUGGAAAGGAAUCAUUACUGGAGGUGUUCAACAACAUCCCAUCACCUAGCCCCGAAAUUGGCCAAGUCAGCGACGUAUACUCUCAGGAUGCAAUGAAUGAUGUUUUGGGAAGCAGUGUACCGGGACUCAUCACAGAAUUAUACCCUUACCAACGGCGGUCCAUUGCUGUAAUGGUGCAGAAAGAAGCAGAGCCUGGCAAGGUUGCUGACCCCCGAUUGGUUGCCAUGAAUGGCCAAGAUGGCACACAAUGGUAUGCUGAUCCAGUGGUUGGAACUAUUCUGAAAGAACCGCGAUAUUACGAUGGUAUACCUGGGGGAAUCUUGGCGGAAGAAAUGGGUGCUGGCAAAACCAUCAUUUGCCUGGCCCUUAUUCUUGCAACCAAAAAUCUGCCAACACGCCCUCCAGAACUCUACAGAGGCAGUCAUCUCCCGAAACGGCGCAAGAUGGUGUCGCUUGCCGACAUGGCAGCGUCUUGCGCUACGCGCAACGCCGUUCCGUGGAAAUCCUAUUUUGAGACUUGGAGGCGCCAGAUCGGGUAUGAAUUUGAUAGAUGCGAAGCCGCCCUUAAACGAAACCGAGGAUAUUACUUUCGUCCUCCGCCAAAACUGCGCCGUACAGGUCGACAUCCUGUACGUGACUUGACGCCUACCAAGAUCUAUCUAAGUGACGCAACUGUUGUGAUUGUUCCGAACAACUUGCUUUCCCAAUGGAAGCAGGAAAUAGCAAAGCACACUACCGGGUUGCGGGUCUCAAUUGUUGCAAAGAAUGAAAAGGUCCCAUGCCUAAUAGAUUUACUGGAUCUUGAUAUUCUGCUAUUUUCUCAAUCGCGAUUUGAGCAGCUGGUAAAGCAAAAUGGGGGAUAUGACGAUGCGGCUCUCUCUGUUGUUCAUUUCAAGCGAUGUAUUGUUGAUGAAGGUCACAAACUGGGCAACUCCAAAAUCGGCCGAAAAAGCAAUUUACUGAUUGGCCUUGACGGCAUGAACUUUUCUUCAAGAUGGAUUGUUACUGGAACGCCUUCCCAUGGUCUUUUCGGGGUGGAUAACCGAACGACGACUGGUGGAUUGACUUCGGUCACAGAGAAGCAGACCCUAGAGACAUCUGUCGAGAUGGAGAAAAAAGAUCUUGAGCGCCUCGGCUCUAUAACCUCCUUGUACCUGAAAUCGAGACCCUGGGCAAACACAGCGACGGAAAACGAAGAUACUCGCUCUGAUUGGGGGACAUAUCUGCUCCUACCGCGACACAACAGAAACAGCCACGGUCGGUGGGACUGUUUAAAGGCGACCCUGAAUUCAUUAAUCAUCAGGCAUAGACUUUCUGAAGUUGGGGAUCUGCUGCCGCCCGUGAAUGAGAAGAUAAUUGUGCUGGAAGGCUCAUUUCAAGAUCGGCUGUCAUUGAAUUUGUUUGCGAUGAUGAUCAUCUUCAAUUCCGUACAGUCGCAGCGAACUGACCUGGACUAUUUCUUUCAUCCACGGCAACGCAAAAGUCUAUUGGAAAUCGUAUACAACUUAAAGCAGUCGAGCUUCUUUGGAGGAUCCUUCUUUACUUCGGGAGAGAUUGAAAAGUCCGUCGAGACUGCUGAAAAGUUUUUGGAAGAAGGGAAGGUGUUGAUCAGUGAUGAAGAUAGAUGUCACUUGCAACAAGCUAUCAAGUUAGGUAAAAUUGCUAUGGAUGACAAGCUCAGGAAUCUCAGUAACCGCUAUCACGAAAUGCCGGUUUGGGUCCAUGGACCACUGGGAAAUGCAGGCUAUGCCUGGUCUCUGGAUGGCGAGGGGGGCGACACCAUAUGCACUUCGGCGAGUAUGCUUCUUUCUCUGCAAAGAUUGCUUGCCAAGAAUGCCCAUGACCCAGAGUCGCUGAAUUCUUUACUGAAUGGUGGCCUCAUCCAGGAAGGAUUAGUUGAGAGGGGCAAAAUUUUGGCAGCACAAACAUCUGACAAAGCUUCUGACGGUAAAGAGAAAAAGAAAUCGACUACCUUGGCGGGAAAUACUAAGCUUGGUGAGGAUAUUCGACGACGCAAGGUUCGAUCCCAGGCAGUGGCAGUGACCCCAAUCGAAGCAUUUCCGACAACGGCACUGCCGCCAGCCUUACAGCAUACCAACUUAGUAUCAACUGUAUCGGCCAAGCUGUCGUACUUGAUCGAUAGCGUGGUACAGCACCAGGCCGACGAGAAAAUCAUAAUAUUCUAUGAGAACGAGAACGUUGCGUUUUAUCUAGCAAGUGUACUGGAUGUGCUUCAAAUUCAGCAUUUGAUUUAUGCCAAGACUUUGACGACGGAGCGAAAAUCACAAUACGUGAAUACCUUCCAUCACAACCCUGUGUUUAGAGUUCUACUUAUGGACCUCUCUCAAGCUGCAUUUGGAUUAGACAUGCGCGCCGCCUCACGCAUCUACUUUAUCAAUCCAGUUCUCAAUCCGCAAGUCGAAGCACAAGCAAUUGGAAGAGUCCGCCGCAUUAGCCAGCAAAAGCCUGUGUCUGUGGAGACUCUGGUUUUGAAAGACAGCAUCGAUGAAGUGAUUUUGGAGCGAAAGCAACAUAUGACGCAAGCUGAGCAUCGCCAAAUGAAGUCUAUCCUCGACGUACGGCCGAUAUAUAACUGGAUCAAGAAUGCAGAGGUGCAGGAUUUGUCACCUUCAAAUCUCGAUACUGCCUCUCAGAUGGUGCCAUUACUGGUGCCGCAGCCUGUGUUUGGUGGAGGUUUUGGGAUAGAACACCAUCCUGACCAUGGCCUUGUUAUUGGGGAGUCGCCGAUGAAAACAAAAACAAACAUAGUUGACUUUGAACAGCGUACUCUGUCAAUUACUCCCAUCAAGCGCAAAUACGGCGUCGAGCCAGGGCCUGAGCCAACGCAAGGUGAGACCGAAAAAGUGUUAGACAGACAUGAACUUCCGACACAUGCAGUUCGUCGAGUCCGGUUCGCAUCUGCCUCAGAUGCAGAGGGCUGA